AAACGCCAAAAAUACCAAGAAAAACAUGACAAAAAUAUACAAGAAAUUAUUCAGAAAGAUAAAAUGGACAAAUCAUUAGCAGAAAAAAUAGAAAAAGGUUGUCUUAAAUGUGGGUGUGGGUUAGGGGGUGUUGCAGCAAGUGUUGGAAUAUUUGGUGCCGUUGUUGUAAAUGAGUUGACAAAAGCUGCUAUGCUUGCUGCGGCUCGAAAGGGUACUGCGAUCGGUAUUAAAUCUGCCAUUCAAGGAUUCAAAACGAAAUUCGGUUUAGAGACCAUAUGUGGACAUCCAUUAAACACAGUUCUUAAUGAUAACAACUUUAAGCAUCUCAUGACACUUAAUCAACUUGUCCAAGGUCAAUAUAAUGCAAUUUGCGAACCCAAUCCCAGUAAUACUGCCUCCGCUCUUUGUUCGUACAAAGGUUCGACUGACGCUCAAACAUAUCAAGGGAUAGUAGCGAAAGCCCAAAAACUUGCUACUGAUGCUCAUCAAGCAGCUACAGCUGCUGAAGAAGCAGAAAUAACCCUGGCAAAUGCUAUAAGCACAUAUUCGUACAGUGCAAUUGGUUACUCUGUCCUUGCCAUAUUAAUUAUUGUUUUAGUUAUGUUAAUUAUUUAUUUAGUUUUACGUUAUCGUAGAAAAAAAAAAAAGAAUAAAAAAGCCCAAUACACAAAAUUAUUAAAUCAAUAA